AUGAACCUGUUGCUACUACUUUCGGGUGCAUCCAUUUUGAUGUCGGUUUGCCAUGGAUAUGCAUCAGGAGUUCCUCCCGUGGAUCGACGUGCUUUGGCAGGUUUGUGGAAGUUAACCCCUUCUGUCUUGUCCAUCAAAGAGUUUACCGUGCACCCCCUUAAACCACCUCAAAAGAAACAAGAUGAAGUGCACCUGAUGCUGAAGGAAGACGGUAGUUUUACCCGCUAUGAAGUGGACCCUGACGACGAGGCAGAAGGAGGAACUGACGUUGACAAGUCUUGGAAUCAGUACCUCAAGAAAGAUCAGAAUCAACCCGUCAAAACGCUCUUCAAGGGUACGUGGGACUACAGAGAUGGCGAACUCAUUCUAGCUGCUGACCGAGAUGAACAAAAAGCCAAAAGUGACAACUACAAUGCAGGUGAAGAUGAUACUCAGCACAAGGCAACCGUCAAGCAGCAAAACUUGUUCUGGAAAAAAGGAAAGGAUACUAUCCUCGUUGGAGCGGUAGUGGCCACUCAAACCAGAGCCAGUACCAACUAUAAUAUACCAAAUGCCACAUCUGCUGUUUCUCCCAAACAGCAACAAGAACAACAACCCACGUCAUCAAAACGGCAACAAAAGCUUAGUGUCCCCAUGGGCUCCGUACAGGUUGGUAAAUUCUUUUAUCCCAAGAACCACCCAUCUUUCUUUGAUCAACCCAUCUUUCAACCCAAAAGAUUUGGAACCUUUCAGCUCAAGCAAGUUCUCGGCAGUUUUCUCAAAGACGAGGAGGAUGACAAGCUCAUUGAAAAGUUUCGCAACAAGGACUUCCACAAUAAACGAUUCUUUCUCACAUCAUCUCCUAUUGAACCACGACGACCCAAAGGCAACGUUCGGUGGUCCAUCAAGUACAACAAAUACGUCGAGGACCCGCCGUCCAAGGAAGCCAAGAAGGCUGCCGAUGCCGAAAAGAAUCGUCUGGUAUCCACCAUUCGCGUCAUGAAGGUCAUGAUUCAUGCCAACAAUACGUUUAGUACCUUGGCGGGUUUGGGAGAUACCACAGUACUACGAGGACGAUUCAAUGUCAUUGGAGAAAAACGAGACAACGUCUGGAUGCAAUCGCUACGGUUUGGAUUUGGACGCUCUGUUUCGGGAUCCACCUACAGUGAGGGGAAUGCCCUAGGAGAGGAAACCAAAUGUUAUUGGGGAAAGAUCUCGUAUGAAGAUGAGGAAGACGAAGGAAAAGAACCAAACAUCAAUAACAACGACCCAACAGCGAGAGCCGCGUCAGCAAAUGAUGACAAUGACACUACAGAGGAAAAGCCGAAACGAUUACUCGUCAAGGGAACCGUCUUGGUUGGCUGGGGUCUGGAACCACAACCAAUUGCGAGCUUCAUCAUGCGGGAAGCAGAUGAUGAUGACGAGGAGGAAGAGGACGAGGAAGAAGACGGGAACGACACGUCAACCAACACUGAUGAGCUAGAUGGAGACGAUCCUUGGUCCAGCCCCGAUGCUUUCCAGUAG